CGCCGGGCCGCCCCCGCCCGCCGCCGCCGCCGCUGCCGCCGCCGCCUCGCCCGGGCUCCGCAGCUCCGCCGCCCGCGGGGACGCCAUGGAGCCGCCGCCGGCCUGCGGGGCCAGAGAGCACUUGUGUUAGCACCCGCACUCCGCUUCUCCCUGACCUGAAACUGGAUCCGGGCCUGAGCCCGGCAGUGACCUGCUGGCAGCAGCAUGCUUUUAGCUCGUUUGUUAAUAAGACGUGUGCUAUUUCCGUGUCUGGAGCGGUGCCUGGAGAUAGGGUUGUGGACGUAAAUCCUGAGCGAUAGCGGGUGGGCUGCUGAAAGCUGCCGGGAAGAUUUGUCCAUCACAUUGCCAUUCCCUUCAGCACAUUCACAUGCCUCCAGCGUCUUCACAAGCUCACCCGCGAUCGCACCAGAAGAUGCGCCGAUGCUGCUGCCGCCGGUACUGGUUUGCAGUGGAGGUUGUGCGUGCUGCGACCCACCCGCUUGCUGCUCCCGUGCACUGUGUCAAAACGCAGAGGCUUCCCAGCACAGCAUCCCUGGGGACGCAUCCAGAAGUGGGCCAAGAAAGAAGCAGAAUUAAAAAUAAAUACAGUUUUAUCAAACAUGCUCGGAGCCACGCAGGACCUGCUCACCUGCAGAGAAAGCGAUGGGGUGGUGCUUCCCAAGCAGGCUUUUAAAAUGUCAAGGGCGAAAGCGUUUGGGAGGAGGAGAAAAGAAGAAGAAGAAGAAGAAGAGAGCUGGGGAGGUGCUCUCCAUUCACAGGAACCUAAAAUGAGGACCCUUCUCCCAUUGGAAAGGGGAACAGCCCAGGGAGGUGGCAGCAGGGUUGGCCUGUGAGCCUCAGCCCAGGCGCCAUGUUCUACAUGCAUUUGCUGAUCAACAAGCGUGGGCCGUUGGCCAAAAUAUGGCUUGCUGCCCACUGGCAGAAGAAGCUCACCAAAGCUCAUAUAUUUGAGUGCAAUUUAGAGACUACCGUUGAAAAGAUCAUCUCGCCAAAGUUUACAAUAGCUCUGCGAACCUCUGGACACUUACUCCUAGGAGUGGUGCGGAUUUACCACAGAAAAGCAAAGUACCUCUUGGCAGACUGUAGUGAAGCUUUGACAAAAAUGAAGACAGCUUUUCGCCCAGGACUUGUUGACCUUCCAGAAGAGAACUUUGAGGCUGCUUAUCAGUCCAUUACAUUACCUGAAGAAUUUCAUGAUUUUGAAAUACCACUACCUGAUUUAAAUGCCAUUGAUGUUGCUGAACAUUUUACGUUGAAUCAGAGCAGAGCUGAAGACAUCACACUUACAGAGGAUUACGAAAGCAAUAUACUUCUCUGUGAUAGAAACUUUGAUGAAGAACCAGAUGCACUAAGAAAACAGAGCUUCUUUGAUGGCAGCAUCUUAACGAGCAGUAACAGUCUUAUGGCUGAUCACAACUCUGCGAGUGUGAAUGGAGACAAGUCUGCACUGCAUGAAGAUACCUACUGUUUUGAGCAUGACUGUUUUGGAGAUGAGGAGGAUGCUGCAGAUAUGAUUGAAAUCCUGUUGAGGGAUGAGCAAAAUGACCUAGAAAAACACAUUCUCGAUAUGGAGGAAGAACGUCCUUUGUCACAAGAUCUGCCAGAGAACAGCACAGCCAUUGAGUCCAACUGUGCAGACACCACCAUUAAGAAAGUCAGUCAUCUAAGGAAUGAAACAAUACUUUUGUUGAAUGAAGAAGAAGGAUUUGUGCUUGAGCCAGUUGAUGAUACAGCUGUCACCCAGAGGAAAAAAAAUAAAAGAAAGAGGAAGUUGCUUGUGGAUGUAGAGAAAGAACUCAGCUGCAACACUAUAUACAACCAACUUAAAAACUGCGCAGACAUCCUUGCUACGUUAGACCUUGCACCCCCAACAAAAAAAACAAUGAUGUGGAAGAAAUCAGGAGGUGUGGAUAAACUCCUGUCCCAUGCCACACAGCCUGUGGUUCAUGCUGAGCUGCAAAUGUUGUUUGCAAAAUGCUUCAAGAGUCACAGAUUUAAGAUGAGAAGAAAUGGAAUACAGAGGGAGUCUGAAAUGGAAGAAACAAGAAAAGAGCAAGGUACCACAGAGAUGCUGAUAGUAGAAGAGCCAAGCUACCUGCAGGAGUCAGCUCAUUCAGAGACUGAGAGAAAAAUUAGAAAUGAUUUGUUUAUGUUGACAUCACAGAAUAACAGAAAUGAAACUGAUGAUAACUGUGGUGAAACUAUACAGGACGGAAUGGCUUUCUCUGAGAGCUCCUCACUGGCGACCAAUUCACUGGGCCACAAAGCUGAAACACAGCAAGCUGAGUUAGCAAAUGAGCUAAAGAGGAAUGGGAAAGACAGUGAAGAAAUAAGGUGGAGCAAAAGAACUCUUCAGUUAUUAAAAACUUUACAGCACCUGAAGAGAUCAGGCAUGCGUUCUUUCAGUUUUCGGGAGCUCUGUUGGAAAAACAACCGGAAAGAAGCUGUGGCCAAGUUUUACAUCCUUCUUGUUCUGAAGAAGCAGUCAGCUAUUGAGCUCAGUCAGAGUGCUCCCUUUGCUGACAUUACAGCCACCCUCGGCCCGAUGUUCAACGCUCCCUGACAUCACGUAGCAUUCGGAUAAGCUAAUAAAAAUAAAACUUAUUCUAAAUUUUUCAGCAAAUAUAUUUCCUCGAAAAAUGAUUGAAUGUCUUGUCAAACCGUUGUAACUGAACAGAGCUCCCUUUCCUUCGUAGUACCUCUCAGCACUGGCAAGUAUCUGGCUUGUGCAGGUGUGCUGCCUCAGUGUUGGUUACCCAGGUGUUCACUAGUAUGUUUAUUUUUAAUAUAUGUGUUUAUAUGAUGAGCAGUUACUUAUUCUGUUAAUAAAAUAUCGCUAAAAUGCAUAUUCUAUGUCAGAGAUUUACAUUAUAAGGGAUUUUAUGAAAGUCCUUAAAAACCUUUCCUAGAGACCAGCUUUGGAGGUUAAAUUAUUUUUAACGGGGCUUGUGUGUGUUAAUUAUCUAACACCACCAGUAAGAGAAGUCUGUUAAGCGCUCUCUGUCAAAAAAAAUUAGUCUAUUUGAAAUUAUUCCUGUCAAAAUGUUCAGUAUUUGAUAUUUUAAGGUCUGGCAAGUUACUGUCUCCAGCAUCAGUUUUACGUGUUCGGGCAGAGAGAAGUUGCACUAUCCUGAGAAGAGUCACGUAAGCUUCAGGGAGAAAUCCUAUUCCCUAGAAAUCCUGCGAUUUUAGAUUUCAUGGAGCACAUUUACUUAAAGACUAACACUUUUAUUUAUUUAUGUGUAGGCCUAUUUAAAAUUGGAUGUUAAACCGACAUUAUUAGUUCUUCGCUUUUUUUAGCUUAUUUUGGAUACGUUUUAACACUUCUACCGUCAUUUUGUAAAGGGUGUGUUUUUCAGUUGCAUCAAACCUGCGAGACACAGGAGGGUUGUGUGUGUUCAGCACUCCGGAGUGUUACAGCGCUGUGGAUAUGCUGACCUCUCUUAAUAUGAAAUCAAUAAAAAUCACAAGA